GCGCGCACACACAAAAACACAUUCAAAACACAACUGUCAUUCGUGAAAAUCAAACUCCGGGAAAACAUCCGUGAAAGCCGACUGAGUCUUCGUGAAAAAACAGGAAAAGCUUGCUCAGCAAAAUUUGUGUUCCCAUCGAGUACGGGACUUAAAGGAGGAAUCUUUGUGAAAUUGUUCAGUGACGAUAAGUGUUCACGUAGGAUUAUAAUAAACAGCCAGUUAAAAUGUCGAGCACAUCCCAGAAGCAUAGAAAUUUCGUCGCGGAACCGAUGGGAGACAAACCGGUAACGGAUCUUGCCGGUGUGGGAGAUGUCCUCGGGAAGCGAUUAGACGCUGCCGGAUUCGACAAGGCUUACACCGUGCUUGGCCAGUAUUUGCUGCUGAAGAAGGACGCCGAACUGUUCAAGGACUGGAUGAAGGACACCUGCGGGGCCAAUUCCAAGCAAGCGGCCGACUGCUACCAGUGUCUAAACGAUUGGUGCGAGGAGUUCUUGUAGAUCCUUCCGGAAUUUAGUUUUGUCCCCUCCGUUUUAUGUGUUUCCAGAGUGUCCCAAUUUUAAUUUCCAGAAUAAUUCUCUCUUUAUGUUAUAAUUUGACCCAGAUAAUGAUAAGCGUAUGACCAUAUAUUAAUCUACUGAUACGUGUCCAAAUAUUUGUUACAAUAUAAAUAAUGACUAAUAGCAUAAAA